CAUUACGUUUUCGUUGCCGGCGCGAGGUGGUCGUGUAUUGCUCCGCGGGCACUUGAGAUACUCGGAAAAAAUAUUCAAAAACUUGUUUUGUUUCAACUUUGAAAGGCGGGCAGAGAUACAUAUAUGUACAGAAUCUGUAAUUGCUGGCACUUGCAUAUAAAAUUGAUUAUCAAAAAAUAAAAAAAACGACACGACGAUGUCUGAAAAUCAAUCGAGUUCGGUGCUGGUGUUUUUUGUGAAUGGAAAAAAGAUAACCGAUCCUAAUCCGGAUCCAGAAUGCACAUUGCUCACGUACGUACGGGAGAAGCUGCGGCUCUGCGGCACCAAGUUGGGAUGCGCGGAGGGCGGCUGUGGCGCCUGCACGGUGAUGGUGUCCCGUCUGGAUCGGCGGGCCAACCGCAUUCGCCACUUGGCGGUCAACGCCUGCCUCACUCCCGUCUGCGCGAUGCAUGGUUGUGCUGUGACCACAGUGGAGGGCAUUGGAAGCACCAAGACGCGUCUGCAUCCGGUGCAGGAGCGUUUGGCCAAGGCGCAUGGCUCUCAGUGCGGAUUCUGCACUCCGGGAAUCGUAAUGUCCAUGUACGCUCUCCUGCGGAACUCGGAGCAGCCUUCGAUGCGGGAUCUGGAGGUGGCGUUCCAGGGAAACCUUUGCCGCUGCACUGGCUACCGACCCAUCCUGGAAGGCUACAAGACAUUCACCAAGGAGUUCGCCUGUGGCAUGGGUGAAAAGUGCUGUAAGGUCACGGGGAAUGGUUGCGGAACGGAUUCAGUGACAGAUGACACGCUCUUCGAGCGCAGUGAGUUCCAGCCUCUGGAUCCAAGCCAGGAGCCCAUCUUUCCACCUGAGCUGCAACUGACCGAUGCCUACGACUCGCAGAACUUGGUCUUCAGCUCCGACAGGGUCUCCUGGUACAGACCCACUAGCCUGGAUGAGCUGCUCCAGCUAAAGGCUCAGCAUCCAAGUGCCAAGUUGGUGGUGGGAAACACUGAGGUGGGCGUGGAGGUCAAGUUCAAGCACUUUCUCUACCCCCACCUGAUCAAUCCCACCCAGGUGAAGGAGCUGCUUGAGGUCAGGGAGUCGGAAGACGGAAUAUACUUUGGGGCUGCCGUAAGUCUGAUGGAGAUCGACGCUCUCCUGCGCCAGCGAAUAGAGGAACUCCCGGAGUCGGAAACUCGUUUGUUCCAGUGUACUGUCGAUAUGCUCCACUACUUUGCCGGUAAGCAGAUCCGCAAUGUGGCCUGCCUCGGAGGUAACAUCAUGACAGGAAGCCCAAUCUCGGACAUGAAUCCCGUACUUUCGGCAGCAGGCGCUCGUCUCGAGGUUGCUAGUUUUGUGGAUGGGAAAAUCCAGAAGAGAACGGUCCACAUGGGUACCGGAUUCUUCACCGGCUAUCGUCGGAACGUCAUCGAGCCCCAGGAGGUUCUGGUGGGAAUCCAUUUUCAGAAGACCACUCCCGACCAGUACAUGGUGGCCUUCAAGCAGGCCAGACGAAGGGACGACGACAUCGCCAUUGUAAAUGCGGCUGUGAAUGUCCGAUUUGAGCCAAAGUCUAACGUGGUGGAGGAAAUAUUUGUGGCUUUCGGUGGCAUGGCUCCCACCACGGUGCUGGCGCCCAAAACCUCUGCUCUGAUGGUCGGUCGCGAGUGGAACCACCAGCUGGUGGAGAAAGUGGCAGAAAGCCUGUGUGUGGAGCUUCCUUUGGCUGCCUCGGCGCCAGGAGGCAUGAUUGCCUACCGGCGUGCCCUGGUAGUGAGUCUGUUCUUCAAGGCCUUUUUGUCCAUCACUCAAAAGCUCAGCAAUGCCGGAAUAGUAUCUGCUGAUGCACUGCCACCAGAGGAGCGGAGUGGGGCUGAUUCCUUCCACACAUCAGCACUGAAAAGCAGCCAGCUCUUUGAACGGGUAUGCACCGACCAACCCAUCUUCGAUCCCAUUGGAAGGCCGAAGGUCCAUGCUGCUGCUUUGAAACAGGCCACUGGAGAGGCCAUCUACACGGAUGACAUACCCCGCAUGGACGGAGAAGUUUACUUGGCGUUUGUCCUGAGUACCAAGCCUCGGGCCAAGAUCACCAAACUGGAUGCCAGCGAAGCCUUGGCCUUGGACGGUGUUCAUCAGUUCUUUAGCUACAAAGAUUUAACGGAGCACGAAAACGAGGUGGGUCCAGUGUUCCACGACGAGCAUGUCUUUGCAGCCGGAGAGGUUCACUGCUACGGCCAGAUUGUGGGUGCUAUUGCGGCUGAUAAUAAGGCGCUGGCUCAACGGGCUGCCAGGAUGGUGAAAGUGGAGUACGAGGAGUUGAGCCCAGUGAUAGUGACCAUCGAGCAGGCCAUUGAGCACGGCUCCUACUUUCCGGAUUACCCGCGAUUUGUGACGAAGGGCGAUGUGGAGGAGGCUUUUGCCAAGGCGGAUCACACUUUUGAAGGAUCCUGUCGCAUGGGCGGCCAGGAGCACUUCUAUUUAGAGACUCAUGCUGCUGUGGCGGUACCUAGGGACAGUGACGAGUUGGAGCUCUUCUGCUCCACCCAACACCCCUCAGAGGUUCAAAAAUUAGUGGCGCACGUCACUUCACUUCCUGCCCACCGAGUGGUCUGCCGCGCCAAACGCUUGGGAGGAGGUUUCGGUGGCAAAGAGUCGAGGGGCAUCUCAGUGGCCCUUCCCGUUGCCUUGGCCGCCUAUCGAAUGGGGCGUCCUGUUCGAUGUAUGUUGGAUCGGGACGAGGACAUGAUCAUCACGGGAACCCGCCAUCCCUUCCUAUUCAAAUACAAAGUGGGAUUCACCAAGGAGGGGCUUAUCACAGCCUGCGACAUAGAGUGCUACAACAACGCGGGCUGGUCCAUGGAUCUAUCUUUUUCGGUUCUGGAGCGAGCCAUGUACCACUUUGAGAACUGUUACCGGAUUCCCAACGUGCGAGUUGGUGGAUGGGUUUGCAAGACGAAUCUUCCCUCGAACACGGCCUUCCGAGGCUUUGGUGGACCGCAGGGCAUGUUCGCCGGAGAGCAUAUAAUACGCGAUGUGGCCAGAAUUGUGGGCCGAAAUGUGGUGGACGUCAUGAGACUCAAUUUUUACAAGACUGGGGAUCGGACGCACUACCACCAAGAGCUGGAACACUUCCCCAUCGAACGUUGUCUGGAUGAUUGCCUGACGCAGUCGCGAUACAACGAAAGGCGAUCGGAGAUAGCCCGUUUCAACAAGGAGAACCGCUGGCGGAAACGUGGAAUGGCAGUGAUUCCCACCAAGUACGGGAUCGCCUUCGGUGUGAUGCACUUGAAUCAAGCUGGUGCCCUCAUCAACAUCUACGGAGACGGGUCUGUUUUGCUUUCCCACGGAGGUGUGGAAAUCGGGCAGGGCCUCAACACCAAGAUGAUUCAGUGUGCCGCCAGGGCCUUAGGGAUUCCACCAGAGCUGAUUCACAUUUCAGAGACGGCCACAGAUAAAGUCCCCAACACAUCGCCCACGGCAGCCAGUGUGGGAUCGGAUUUGAACGGCAUGGCUGUUCUGGAUGCCUGCGAGAAGUUAAACAAGCGUCUGGCCCCCGUCAAGGAAGCCCUGCCCGAAGGCACCUGGAAGGAAUGGAUUAACAAGGCGUACUUCGACAGGGUCAGCCUCUCGGCCACAGGAUUCUAUGCCAUGCCAGGUAUCGGCUACCACCCAGAGACGAAUCCCAAUGCACGCACCUAUAGCUACUACACGAAUGGUGUGGGUAUCAGUGUCGUGGAGAUCGACUGUCUCACCGGCGACCAUCAGGUGCUCAGCACAGAUAUCGUGAUGGACAUUGGAUCGAGUAUGAAUCCAGCCAUCGAUAUUGGUCAGAUCGAAGGAGCAUUUAUGCAGGGCUACGGUCUGUUUACUCUGGAGGAGCUUAUGUAUUCUCCACAAGGCAUGCUCUAUUCUAGGGGUCCUGGAAUGUACAAGUUGCCAGGAUUCGCCGACAUUCCCGGCGAGUUUAACGUGAGCCUACUGACAGGUGCUCCCAAUCCACGGGCUGUCUACUCCUCCAAGGCCGUUGGUGAACCUCCGCUCUUUAUUGGAUCAUCUGCGUUCUUUGCCAUAAAGGAAGCCAUUGCAGCAGCUCGCGAGGAUCAGGGCUUGAAUGGGGACUAUCCGUUGGAAGCUCCCGCUACUUCGGCACGAAUUCGCAUGGCCUGUCAAGAUAAAUUUACCAAUUUGUUGAAAAUGCCUGAAGAUGGGACAUUCACGCCAUGGAACAUUGUACCCUAAUAAUUGUUUAUUUUCUUAUUAAAAGUUAAUUAACUUGUUAUGUCGUUUUUAUUGUAAAUUUUUCUAUUGCCAUUUUUUAUACUUAUAAGAUAAAAUAAAUGU